AAAUACCUCAAGGAGAUGAGAAAACACUCAAAAGUAAGAAAUAAAGAAAGAAAGAGAGAAGAUGAACAAGGUGCAUGGUCUGUUCUUGGUGGUCAUUUUCUCUCUUGCCUAUGCACAGCUUGUUAAGUGUCAAUCUAAGCCAAGUUGCCAAACUAAAUGUGGCAACGUCUCAAUCGAGUACCCUUUUGGCAUUUCUCCAGAUUGUUACUAUGCGGGACAUAGUACUUUCCUACUCACCUGUAAUGAAACAACAAACAAGCUAUUCACUGGCAACCUGCAAGUGAUCAACAUUUCUCACACCGGCGAGCUACGCAUCCUCGAGUCUAUAGCCUACUCUUGCUACAACAGCACAGAUCUGACUGAUAGAAUUAUCUACAACACUACUCUGGUUGACUUCACUCUUUCCAACAAGAACAGUUUCACUGCCGUGGGUUGUAACACUUACGCGGUAAUGACCACGACUAUUGGAGAUCGAAGCUACUCAACUGGAUGCUUGUCGUUAUGCGAUUCCACCACAAAGGAAGACGGGCUGUGUUCCGGUGAAGGCUGCUGCCACACCUCCGUUUCUAAGGGGAGCCAACGUUUCGUAAUCAGAUCAAGCCGCUUUGACAGCAGUGCGUAUGUUAAUAACUCUAAUAAUUGCUCCUACGCCUUUCUUGUCGAAGAAGGUAUGUUUAGCUUCUUUCCUUCUCAAGAUCUUAAGAAUCUUCGAAAUGUUACGGAGUUCCCUGUAGUACUGGAUUGGUCUAUCGGAAACCAGACAUGCGAGCAAGCCGGAAACACAAGCAUAUGCGGUCAGAACAGCGUAUGUACCAACUCUACUACUCGAGCCGGGUAUAACUGCAAAUGUAAAGAUGGUUACGAUGGGAAUCCAUACCUAGCCGAAGGCUGUCAAGACAUAGAUGAGUGUACUACUAAUAGCACUAUCCAUAGACAUAACUGUUCGGGUUCCAGCACCUGUGAAAAUAUGAUGGGGUACUUCCUUUGUAGGUGCCCAUCUGGUUUUGACUUGAAUGCCACCACCAAUGGCUGUAUGCGUAAACACAAGCCUGAAUACUACGGAUGGAGUCAAAUUUUUCUUGGAACAACCGUCAGCUUCUUGGCCAUCCUACUUGUCGUUAGCUGUGUACAACAGAAAAGAAAGCACAGGAAAAACACCGAGCUCCGAAAACACUUCUUUGAGCAAAACGGUGGUGGCAUGUUGCGGCAGAGACUCUCAGGAGCAGGGACAUCAAAUGUUGAUGUCAAAAUCUUUACUGAGGAAGGCAUGAAAAAAGCAACUAAUGGUUAUGAAGAAAGCAGAAUCUUGGGUCAGGGAGGCCAAGGAACAGUCUACAAAGGGAUAUUACCGGAUAGCUCAGUAGUUGCUAUAAAGAAAGCUCGGCUUGGAGACUGCAGCCAAGUAGAACAGUUCAUCAACGAAGUGCUUGUGCUUUCACAGAUCAACCAUAGGAACGUUGUCAAGCUCUUGGGCUGCUGUCUAGAGACUGAAGUUCCCUUGCUGGUCUAUGAGUUCAUCAACAGUGGAACCCUUUACGACCACUUGCAUGGUUCCAUGUCUAAUCCUUCUCUAACAUGGGAGCACCGUCUGAGGAUAGCCCUGGAAAUUGCUGGAACUCUUGCCUACCUUCACUCCUCUGCUUCAAUUCCAAUCAUCCACAGAGAUGUCAAGACUGCUAAUAUACUCCUGGAUGAAAACUUAACUGCAAAGGUAGCUGACUUUGGUGCUUCAAGGCUGAUACCUAUGGAUAAAGAGCAGCUCACAACUAUGGUGCAAGGCACUCUAGGUUACCUAGACCCAGAAUACUACAACACAGGGUUGCUAAAUGAAAAGAGUGAUGUUUAUAGCUUUGGAGUAGUCCUCAUGGAACUGCUCUCAGGCCAGAAGGCAUUGUGCUUUGAAAGGCCACAGCACUCAAAACAUCUGGUGAGCUACUUUGCUUCUGCCACAAAAGAGAAUAGGUUGCACGAGGUUAUUGAUGGGCAAAUUAUGAAUGAGAAUAAUUAUAGAGAGAUCCAGGAAGCGGCUAGAGUUGCUGUAAAGUGUACAAGAGUGACGGGAGAGGAAAGGCCAAAGAUGAAGGAAGUAGCUGCACAGCUUGAGGGUUUGAGAGUCACAAAAACCAAACAUCAGCGGUCGGAUGAUUAUCCUGAGCCAAUGGAGAUGGAGCAUUUGCUCGGUCUUGAAAUCUUGUCGGCACAAGGUGAAACCAGCAGCACUGGCUAUGACAGCAUCAAGAAUAUAACAAGAACACACGUUGAAUCUGGCCGCUGAUUAGAGUGUAGGUCACAUUCCAUUGGAUCCUGAUCAUGUUUCUUUUCUCUUCCUUUAUAUCCUAGACAUUUAAACCAUAUAGUAAAAGAAAUGACAUUCAAAAAACCCUCUGUGCUUGAGAGAUUCUUGAUUCUUCAGAUCAUUAAUCAUUGUAUUUAUAACCCUCGCAAAGGCAUCUCCAACCUCACUCUAUUUUCCCUUCUAAAAUAGAGUUUAGAGUAAAAAUGCUUCAAUUGUACUAUAUUUUCUAUUCUAUAAUAGUGUAAACCUAUUUAUUA